AUGCAACGAAGCAACGAACAAAACAAACACGGUGCCCGCAAUAUUGCCAAUCAGUAUGAUGCCAAUCAUCAUAAUACCAAUAUUGAUCAGUCUGCACGAGAUCUCAACGCCACUUCUUCCAACAAUUCUGACAGGCAGCAAUCCGGUGCCACCGCCAUGAAUGCCCAGCUUCACAAUCCUCAGCAUAGAUCUGAGUACGAAGUCGCUGGCCCUCAUAUUGGGGGUACACCUCAGCCCUAUGACAGCGUCAAGAUCGAACAUGCCAAGGAUCAUCUCGUCGAGUCAAUGAACAAGUUGGCCAUGGACUCCAAAGACAACACCAAUACCGCCGGUUCUGUUAGCACUACUGGGGCCCAAACAGACCAAUUUGUCAAAAACUCUACUCAGGAUGUAGCUGGUAUUGGCAGCGUUCAUUCUAACUCUACAACUACUCCCAAGACAUCAACGUCGCCUACAAAUAUGCACUCAGUGCACCAGCCACAGACAACCUCGCACAUCGACCAUAGCAGCCAGUCUGCCCACAUCAGCCCUUCAAGCAAAACCAAUGGUGCUUCAAGAGUUAAUGCAGCUGAUAGGAGGACAGGUGACGUCAUGCCGACCACUUCAGUUACGCCAUUGGCCCCUAGUCACUCAUCGUCUACCAGUGACAAUAACCAAUACCAUCAGCGUCAUCAUGGCCAGACUCAACAGCAACACCUUGACCAUAACCAGCAGCAACACCCACCUGUGUCGAUGAAACAUAAUCAGGUUCCUACAGCUGCUGUCAUGGGUGCUGCUUCUGCCAUAUCCUCUGCCCCACCUUUGAACGACAACGUGACCUCAACCACCGAUACUCCUGUGACUCCAGGACAGGCAGCAGAUCGUAAUUUAUCUUUGGAGGCUUCACCUCACCAUAACUCAGGUCAGUACCACUCAACCCAUCCAGGUGGUAUGAAAUCGGAGCGUACGGCUGAGAAUAAGUACAGAAUGAACGAUCCUAAUGCGAGCCAUCAUCAGCAGGAACAGCGUCAUCAAAGCAUCACUGAUAAGGUCAAAAGCCUUUUUCACCAUCACGACUCGGCCACAACAUCCGAAAAUGAGCUCGCUGCUAAUGAUCGCAGCAACGUGCAUUCAGGUGGCAACGUAGCCGAUGCUCCUACAGCUAAUGCAAGAACCGCAGAAACAGCUGCAGCUGCCAAGCUAGCGUAUAUGGAUAAGGCUUCAACCCCUGGCCAUCAUUCGCUCACCCACAGUACUUUCAAGUCAGAUCACCAUGGCACUUCUGACAACAAGGCCGAUGCACAGUUGUUAAGGACCAAGCAUGAAGGGCAUCAAAGCCCCAAUAAUACCUCUACUUCUGCCACUACUUUCUCUUCUAACGCCAAGGAUUCGAGCUCUUUAGGCAGAAAUCCAAUGACUUCCCGGGCUGAUGGCUCUGAAGUAAGAACAGCGGCUGGAGCAGCGGGCUCCUACCUUGGCAACAAGAAUACUCUUGCCACAGAUGCGCCCAAAGAUCCCCAUCUCCACAACGAUAAGCUUGACAAAAUGAAAAUCUCGUCCCAUUCGCCCGUAGUGAACACGCAUGUGAAUGCUAACACUGGUGCGGACAUGGACUCCUCUGCUACGACGUACACACCCUCGGCCAAUAGUGCUCAUAUGCCUACGCCUGGAAGCAACCCUGCUACAAUGGCAAAGAUGACUGCCACCGAGAGGACCUCUGUUUCUGCGGGACAUCAUGCGAAUGAUAAUAUCAAAUCCCCCACUGACGCUGCUGCCGCUGGCGGCGCUACUUCUGCUCAUACAAGCCAUAAACCAGCAACAGCAGCAAGUAAGGACUCGGUCUACAUGAAGGCCACUCCUCAUUCAGCGAAUACCGCCAGCAGAACAAACAUCUCAUCUUCGGGCAACAAUGCCGGUUAUUCAAUGGGCAGUCAUGUUCCGCCAACCAAUGACAGAGCGAUACCGACGAUGCCGGGGGCUUAUAAAAGUGCUGCUCCACAGGUUGGACCUGGAGAAGAAGUUGUUUGGGUGAAGACUACGACAAUCACAGACCCCGAAGGAAACGUGGUGGAGUCUCGCCAGAACAUCAUUGACCCACGUUAGCAAAACACUGUCAAAAAAGAAGCUACGCUGUGAGCUAACAAGGAGAGAAUACUCUAUCCAGAUGCAUGUCACUUGUAAAUAUCAUUGCAGUCUUUAGCUUAAUGCUGACUAUGUCACUUGAAAACAUCAAGGACGCUAUUUCAACGAUUAAGGUCCAAUAAUAAAUUGAUUGAAUUAAC